ACAUUACUCUUGGUACGUCUAAUUUUGAUGACAUCGAAUAUGCCGACAAUAGUGAAGAACAAGCGGUGGAUCUCAAUGGUUAUACUCCUCUGGUUGAGGAACUUCCCACACCAGACAAACCAGAUACUCCCGUGGCUAUAGAAUCGCCGGAAGUUCCCAAUUUCGCCUUCAGUCGUUUAAGAGACUCAAUUGCCAUGUCGAAAGACAGGCAAUCACCAUUGUUCACGCCCAUCAAAGACGACCGUGUUCACAAAGAGAUUCAUCGUCGUAUGUUGGAGAAAAAGAAAUACGAAUCUUCACCGAAUUUGCUCCGCAAAAAGGAAGCCAUUUCUCAGGAACGUGAACGGCAGGGUGACUUGGUUCGUGAAAUGGUCUUCAGUAGGAUACAACGCACUAGCCCGGAGAAAACUAGAGAGCGCAGAGGUUCCUAUGGGUCCAUGACGCCUCCUGGAUCUUCAAGAGCCUCUCGAUCCGAUUCGGAACCCCGCAGUACCAUCAGUCCAGAUCGUAGAGAUAUUUUCGCUACACCUCAUUCAUCUCUUCGAUCAGUGGCUGAAAUUCCACCACCUCUUUCCAAUGAAUAUGUGACACCGAUGAGCAGCAACAAAAAAGAUGCUGAAAUGAACAACGAAAGUGCUUUAGGGGCUGUGAAACGCGAGUUAUUCAUUUCGACACCAUCGAUAAGGCCAACUGAUAAUGAGUUCAAAACACCGAAUCUUAAAGAAUGGCAAGAUGCGAAUCGACAAUUUGAUCGUCAAAAUUCGGCUCGUAUGGAGGCGCGAGCCAAAGCUCAAGCCAAAGCCGAUCAAGAUCUUGGGUUGAGUCCACCGGAUUACAUCGAAAAUCUAAAAGACAAGCUGCGCCGGAAGCCCAGCAUCGAUGAUGAUAGCAACGAAGUGCUGCCGGUCCGGAACCGCAGUUUCUCAGAACCCAACGUCGAUGCAGAAAAAUCGUGGGAUCUUCCAUCUCGUCCAAAUGCUCCAGUGCUAAUUCCGUCUGAGGUUGCUGGCAUACCACCCGCCAAACCUCCUAGACUGAUGGCCACUCCCUCGAAUAUCACUCCAGCCAAGAAAGUGGAGCCGUCACGAAUCUCGGACAACGCCUCAGCCGUUCCAACGUUCAAUAAUUCCGUAUUGAAGAACGCCAAAUCAUUGUCGCAUAUAGUUACCCCGACCGUACCAGUUUUGCAACCUCCUAGCCCACGGACGGAUGUCAUCGGCAACAUGUUUGUUCAGCAACAUAAUCGUCCGUCCUCGUCGAGCCCGACCAGUCCACCACAAAGUCCACGGUCCGUCGACUCAUCCAAAUCAACCAGUUAUCUAUGGGCGGGACUCUCACCUGCUGAAUCGCAAGCUAAGCUCGAUGCUGAUUCUGCAGCCUCGACUUCAUCCCCGUCGACGACCAACGAGCAUGGCGUGAAAGUGAAGAAAUCGAAAGACCGUGAACGUCGUCGUAGCAUUAUCCAGACAAUUACGGGCCUAUUUAGCAGUUCUAAGAAAGAAGAUGCAAAAGAGUCUGACUCCCCUAGCAAGAAAUCCAGUCCAACCAAAUUCCAGUUGCCGAAGUUUUCAGGAAAGAAGGAUAAAGCUAACAAGGAUAAAUUGGCGUUGGACAGUUCUUUGGAAGACGGCCGACUUCGUUCCGCUAGUUCUCCUGUUACGCCUCCUAACGAGGAUGGUAAAGGUGGUGUUAAACCGCGAGCAGCCUCUCUGCUUGCUAGUCCAACGUCAGGAAGCGAGGCAACGACUCCAACGUCCGGUUUCGCCGUGGACCAAUGUGACUCAUCAGGAACUCCAAGUGGCCAAUGGUCGACUUUCUCGUCAAGUACCAAACGGCAAUCGAAGCAAGCGCGUCAAGUAGCUCGUCAAACCGAAUUGAAGAGACUCCGUAUGGCGCAAUCUAUUCAGCGCCAGUUGGAAGAAAUGGAAGUUAAACAAAAGGAACUGGAGGAUCAAGGCGUUCGACUUGAGCGGACAUUACGCGGUGAAGAAGGAGGAGUAUCCGGCCGUGACGAGUCUGCCCUGAUGCAGGAAUGGUUUCAACUAGUCCACGAGAAGAAUGCAUUAAGUCGGUACGAGCAGGAGCUGAUGGUUCGUGCUCGUGAGCUUGAGCUGGAAGAUAGACAUGCCCGGCUUCAUAUGGAGCUCAAGGAUCGCAUGUCCUUGGAUGAUUGGGAUGACGACGUCUUUAUCACUGAUGGCUCAUUGGAGCCAGAGACGGUGAAAUCGCCAGCCGACGUGGACAAGGAGGGAGCCAUUCUGUCCGAGAUGCUGGAGAUCGUGGAGCAGAAAGACUCGCUACGGAACAUGCUGGAAGAGGACCGGCAAAGGUACCGUGAAGAGGACAAAGACCUGGAGACUCAAAUGCUUGCCAAAGGCUUGCGGCUUGCAACGCUUCGUCAACGAAAGGAAUCCCAAGUCUGAUGUUUAUGAAACCGUCUUAGACACCCCCUACAUUUUAAGAGGAGGACGUUUGUAAACAUUUAUUUUUAUUUUUUGUCCUUGUCGUCUGUCCUCCUAUCGAGUCUCUUCUGUCCAUGGGAUUCCAUCCGUUCUACGUAAGAACGACUUAAAGAAGAAUGUAGUCAAUUUUUUUUUUCAAUUUUCAUUUCAUUAGAGGCCGCGUCCACAAUUUGGUUUAAUGCUAGUCAUUCAUUGAAAUGAAUUGAGCCUUUGGACUGAAAAAUGAGAUUCAGGCAUUCUGCGGUCUUUGGUGGAUGUCCUUAAAAAUAACCUUGUUUGGCUGAAUAAUAAUAACACUGUUAACAUAAAUUUUCGUGCUAGACGUGCGAGGGAGGGAUGGUUAUUAAUGAUUAUCAGCCAACCGUGGAUAACGCGUGCUGCAAGAUGGGGUGGUGGCAUUGUCAGUGAUAAUAACUCAUCUGUUUAUGCAUGUUGUUGAGCUUUUCUCCCCUUGUUGAAUUAACGCCGACAAAAACCCGAUAAUUGUUCGUUCAUCCCCCCACGAACGAAAAUAUUCGUGUUGUGCAAUGCUUUAUGGCAGCUGGACCUCAUUGUUUUUUCUUUCCAUGUUAUCGAUGAACCCAAAUGAAGUAACUUUUUUAACUGCCCUUUCUUUCUGUGUUCUCGUUAUUCCCCCUUUUUUAUGUUUCCCUUAUAUCCGUCGCUUUUUCUUCGUAUCCAGUCGAUUUACUUUGUCUCGAAGUAAAUCUCUUCGUACAUAUUUUUGUGAAACAAAACUGACCGAUCAAAAUUUUUCCUGUGUCGUGUUCCUGAUCGAUUCGGACAUACUACGAGAUUGAUACUCCUUUUUUUCCCCCUUUCGGUUUUGUUUUUUGUUCCCCUCUUUUUAAAAUUAAAUUACCAAGUGUCAAAAAAAACAAAUUGGCUUUGCCAUCAUGGCCUUGUAUGAAUUAUGCAAGCAGACCCUCCAAAAAUCUACAUGACAUCAUUCGAUUCUGAAACGAAAUUACUAUUUUAACAGCUUUUUCUUUGCCAUGUAUAUUCAUCUGAGCAAACGGACUUGUUAAUACAAGUAUGUAAUGUUA